CACUUUCUGAGAAUAUGGAAACACAACAGUUAAAAUAUUUGCAAUUGCUGAACUCAGCUAUGCUCGGAUCACAGACCGAUCUUUUGUACCAGAGCACUCUGAUGAACUUGAGUUUGGCUCUUAGCAUUCAACCUUGGUUCCUCAACCUUGUCAACUGCAUGAAGAAGAGCAUGGAAAUCUGUCAAGAAUUGGAGUUUAUUCAGAAAAAUACUGGUGACGUGGUCAGUCUUCAAAAGCUCCUUAAAGACCUCGGCUACUGAGGCUGUCCAACUCCAAGCUCACUCUUGGACCAAGUGAACAAGACCAGGGCUGAAGAUAAGGCUGAGACAGACGAGAGCCAGAAGAACUCCCUCACUCAUGACUCUGGGUCCCAAUCUGGGGGUCUAAACCUGCACAAAAAUGCUUCAUCUGAUAGCCCAAUUUCAAACAGUGGAGUUUCAGGAGAAGACUCGAUCCUCAACUUUAACAAGCACAGAAAAGGGGAUGAAUAUCUGCUCAAAGUUCAUCCUAAUGAAGUGAAGUUUAUCACAAAUCCCAAGACUGGCAGAAAGGUCAAGAAGAUCUUCUGUAAAGCUCCUGGCUGCUCUCGUAGUUUUGACAAGAAAUGGAACUUCAAAGAUCACAUUCGCAUGCACAUGGGAGAGAAGCCUUACAAGUGCAACAAAUGUGACAAGGCUUUCACUCAGAAGGGUAACUUAGCCAAGCAUCUAAGGCAACAUCAGUUCAAGGAUUUGAAGUCCAGAAAGGUCCAUCAAUGUCCUAUCUGCUUCAAGAAGUUUACCGAGAAAUACAAUCUCAAGAGCCAUAUGAGAGCAUGCAAGAUCAGAACUGCUAAGUCAGAAAAUAAAGCAGUGUUGUCAUAAAGACGUAAGGAGGAGAACCCAGUCAGACCGAUAAUUUAAUUACUUUACCGAUUUGUAUAUAC